AUCGACAGCCCAAAGACUUGGACUGAAGCUGAGGAUUAUUGCCUGUUUGAAGGAGCCAACCUGGCGUCGGUCCACAGUAAUGAGGAGAAUAACUUCAUCCAGAUUUUGACCAAAAGAGACACCCACAAUUUCCCCCUAACCUGGAUCGGUGGCAACGAUUGCAUUCAGUCCGGUUUUUGGAUGUGGAGUGACGGCACCAUGUUUAACUACGAAAACUGGUCCAAAGACUGCAAUUUGCGAGACAAAGGAAGAACAAUGCACUGUCUGGAGAUGAAUUAUGGAUAUCGCAAGAAGUGGAACGCCGCCUCCUGCAAUGACACUCUCCCUUUUGUUUGUGCCAAGGAGAUCUGACAUAUCUGAGGAGGCCGACAAGCCAGAUCUAACAUUCAGAGUAAUGUAACCUCACUAUGUAAUCACACUGUGGGAUCCAGAUCCAUUUACAGGUCCCACAAACUCUCUGAUUUCUUUCUAGUUAGACAAGUUUAGCACGAUCCACUAUCAAUCCUGUAACAUGAUGGUUGUUUAAUACACAUUGUGUUCAAGAUGAUUAAUGUAUCUUGUUUAGAGCACAAAUUAGUCCCAGCUAACUUGGAGAGGAGGCGGAGGUGUGAGGGAGACGACAGGAAGUGCAGUUUUGGAAAUCUGUUCUGUGUUUGAACGAAGAUGAAGUGAGAUAUGAGUGAUCAAAUCAGGGAAGCUAGAAUAGCUAAUGUAUCCUGUCAGUGAGUAAAGGAGUCCAUCUUGAAGAAAAAAGCUGAG